GGCAAACAAAAAGAUCUCCUGCGACCAGAUACUCGUCGAGACAUUCGCAUCGCCAGAGAGCCAUGGCGCCGGCUUCUGGGCAGCAUCUAAAACGAUGGGAGAUGUGGUGGCGUCGUUUGAGGUCAGGCAGUCCGGCGUCAUGACGUCGUGAACGGGCGACCCACUACCCGCGGGCAUCAUCACACGAUCCCCCCGAAACCUGGACCCUUCAAAAGAGGUCCCUCCCGCCCUGGAAAGUCAGAAACCCGCGAGAUGCCUGCCUGCCCGCGAACCCUUCAUCUAGGCACAUCAGACCCAGAACAGCAUGGGAUCCUCGACGGAUCCGCGGCACGUCGCCCAGGUGCUGCUCGCGGAGCUCGGCCUCGACGUCGUCUCGUGCGCGGAGAUGCAGUCUCUCUGGGCCGGCUACGGCCACAUCUGCGCCGUCGAGGCGCGGCCCUCGCCCACGUCGCCGCGUCACAGUAGCAGCGGCAGCAUCAGCAGCAUCGCCGCCGCCGCCGCCACCAUUCACGAAACGAAGCUCUCCGAGCCGCCCCGGGAAAGCGUAAACAAAGACAAGGACGACGGCGACGGCACGCUGCACCUCGUCCUCAAGCUCAUCUCUCCGCCGACGCGCCACGGCGACGAGGGCCACCUGCGCAAGAUGCUCAGCUACCAGGUGGAGCAGUACUUUUACGACGAGGUCGCGCCGGCCCUGGCCGCAGGCGAGGACGACGGCGGGCCGGCCGUCGCGGUGUGCUUGGCCUCGACGCGGAGACGGGUGGCGGCGGCAUCGUCGUCGUGCGCGGAGCCCCCCCUAGGCAACGACCUCAUCGCCACCGUCAUGACGGACCUGCGAGGCGAGUUCCCCGUCGCGGGCGAGAAGAGGGCCGCGCUCGACGCGCGCCAGGUCCACGCCGCGCUCGAGUGGCUCGCCCGGUUCCACGGCGGCUCCUGGAAGUUGCUCGGCGGGGCGGCGGCGCCGGCAGGGGUCCCGCGCGGCCACCACCGUCUCGACGACGCGCUCCUCCUCCCGCCGCUAGAGGAGGAGGCCCGGCGGAAGCAGAGUCCUGGGCGCGCGGGCAGGGGGCAGCUGUGGCUCAACGGCGGGUACACGUACCUCGCGACGCGCCGGAAGGAGUACGCGGCGCUCGCCCGCGACGGCAGCUCGGAGUGGUGCGCGGCGCUGUGCAAGCCCCUGAACGGCGGCGGCGAUGAAUCGUCGUCGGCAUCCGUCGCGGAGCUCGUGGCCGAAUUCCUCACGCCGCGGGGCCGCCCCUUCGAGACGUACAUUCACGGCGACGUCAAGUCAGAGAACCUCUUCGCCACCGACGCGGGCGACCGCGUGGCCUUUUUCGAUUUUCAGUACGCGGGCGUCGGGCUCGGCGUCUGCGACUUGGCGAAGCUCUUUACGUGCUCGGUACCGCUGGACAUGCUCAUCAACGACGACGACGACGACGAUCACCACCGCCACCACCACCGCCACCACCACGACGGCGAGGGCCACGCGGCGGCGUCGAUGCCGCCGCAUCGCGGUCUGCUGGCCAUGAUGGGCGCGGGCGAGAGGCGCCUGCUGGAGGAGUACCGCAGCACGCUUCUGGCGCGGCGUCGGCGCGGUCCCUCGUCGUGGACCCCGCCCGAGUACCCGUGGGAGACGUUUGUGCGGCACUGGGAGGCGGCGCUGGUGGACUGGUGCCGCUUCCAGGCGUCUUGGGGGUUCUGGGGCAACACCGAGUGGCUGCAGGCGCGGGUGCGGUCGAUUCUCGGGGACGAGCAGUGGAGGGAGUGGCUGUUGCGGGAGGUGUCGUCGGCAUGAUAUGAGGGGGGGACCGGAACUGUGAGCGUGAGAGCAUGAAGACACGAUGUACAUGUACAGCAAUACCAGCGUCUUGAGCCAGUAGCAUAUGCUUCGUGUAUAUAUACGAGGUAUAUAGAGAUAUAUAUAUUCCCAUCC